AUGGGGGUCGCGGUGGGCUGUGGGGCGCGGUGCGGCGCGUUCCCCGCGGCGCGGUGCGGAGCGGCGCGCUCCCCGCGGGGCGGCGCGGUGCGCUCGGAGCGGCGCGGAGCGGCGCGGUGCGUUCCCCGCCGCGCGGUGCCCGCGCUGCGCUCCCCGCCCGGGCGCGGCGCUCGGCCCUGGCAGCGCUCGGGCCGCCGCGGCUGCUGCGCCUGCGGCCGCCGCCGAUGUCGCACCAUUUGGCUGUCACCCUGUCGCAAAGGCGUCGCUGCUUUGCGGCUCCCGGAGCACGUGACUGUGCGGGGAGCAAGAGCGGGCUCCCUCGGACGCGGAGAGCGGCGCGCGCCCCCGGCCCCACCGCCCCCACGCGGGCGGAGCGGCGCGAGGCGCCGCGCGCGGGACGGCGGGCGCGAGGCCCCUCAGCCCCUCACUCCCCUCAGCCCCUCAUUACCUUCGGCCCCUCACUGCCCUCAGCCCCCUCAUUACCUUCGGCCCCUCACUGCCCUCAGCCCCCUCAUUACCUUCGGCCCCUCACUGCCCUCAGCCCCCUCAUUACCUUCGGCCCCUCACUGCCCUCGGCCCCUCAUUACCUUCGGCCCCUCACUGCCCUCGGCCCCUCAUUACCUUCGGCCCCUCACUGCCCUCAGCCCCCGCAUUACCUUCGGCCCCUCACUGCCCUCAGCCCCUCAUUACCCUCAGCUACACGGUCGCGUCCCCACCUCUCUCCCUGCACACUCCGCUGGUGGCGCUUCCCCAUCGUUUAGGCUCCAUCUCUGGGAAUCCUUCGUUUCCUCCUGUGGUGGCAGGGUUUGGGGGGCGUGUGGCACGUUCCUUGUGGUGGGGGGUGCUGGGGCUCGGCUCUCCCGGGCCCGGGAGAGAGGUGAAGCCCUCAGUUUGUUGGGUAGCGAAGGCAGGUAGCUCAGGAAGGAGAGUUCACGCUUGUCUCAAGCAGCCACCUGCCGCCCUGGGGACCUGGAGCUGUGGCCCAGGAGGUUGUGGUGAGUGGGGGCUGUAAAUGCUGUUUUUAACAGUUUAAAGGGCUAAACAUUUUUACUUGGGAUGCUUGGUGAGCAUUUUUGGGGGGUUGGCACUGUUCAGUUAAUCUGCAGAGUAAUAAGCUUCUCAGAGCUUCAAAAUCGGCUAGAGUGUCUGGGAGGAAAUGGGUUCCCUUUCCUCGUGGCACCAUGUGACAAGACCGAUUCUUUUCAGCUUCCUGCCUGUGUCGAGGGUUGGUGGUUUUCUUCACUUGUCCAUAAACGUGUGCUUUCUAUUGUCGACUCUAUAGCCACAUGCAUUCUCAUUCCACCCUAAUUUUGGAUGCUACGUUCAGCUAAUUGCAAUUAUGCAAAAUGAUGCAUUAUUUAUUAUUUAUUUUUAUUAUUAUAAAAUGCUCUGUGGAAGCAGUUAUAGCUGUUUGGUUGGGUUUUUUUAAUUUUAUGCAGUUCAUGUCAAAUUCAUAAGCUGAGGCAUUUUCGUUAGAUUCAACUUCAUGCAAGCAUCAUCAACAUUUUUUCUGUAUAUGCUACUUCAUCUCUAUAUGGCUACAGACAAAUAGUAGUCUGUUUGCAUUAGUAAUGCAAGGUAAACUUUGGAGGGUUGGGUUGUUUUGUUUCAUUUUUUUUGAGGAAAUAGGAAUGGCAGAAAUCAACAUUAAAUUAUCACUACUACUCCUAGCAAAUUUGAAACGUUUUAACUGUGCUUAUACUUCCACUGUUGAGCACCAAACAAACCUGACAGUCUGAGGUGCUAUCAUGCAGUAGAAAAGAAGUUUAUGAACGUAUGCACACAGUUGGUUUCACAUAAAAGAAAUAUUAAGAUAAUUCUGCAGUAUCAAUGUACAUUUUUACUGAAAUUACAGUUUCACUGACUUCUGUGUAAGUAGCUCUUUAAUACAGUUCAUAAUCUUUCACAUACGCAAAUUUAUGUCUGGACUUAGUCCACAUGAAGCCAGUGGCUUAAUUUCUGUGCUACGUGGCCAGGCAAUUACAGGCUCAGAGGAAAACUUUACUUGCUAAUUGUGUAAAAGUCGCUAUUUUAGACAGGCUCUUAUCCAGUGAAAUCUGUGCUAGCACAGCUUCGGUGUCAGUACCAUGAAUGGUGUUAUUUUAGUGGUCCCAUGUCAACAGCCAUGAAAUGGCUUGUGGCACACAGUGUGGUUUUGGGCACUGUGUGUACAAACAGGAUGGGGAAAGAACGACUUUUGUACAGUAAUUUCUCAUUUUGACCAUGACAGAAGGAUUCCAAAUGUUUAAACUUCAUUUGAACUGGUUUUGUGAGCAGAUGUUGAAGGAUAUAAAGAAGUGAUCAGAAAUGACUGGUUUCCUGUGCCUUAGUGACUCCAUACACAUGUAUGUGGUCCAUUGCUACAGCUCAUCUCCUUGCCUAGUGCAGUUGCAGAGGAGAAGAAGCAAUGUGCUUGCAUGUCUAGUUUACAAGAUGUGGUCAGAGGGAAACACAGAUUGUGCCCCAGAGAAAAUGCAUAGAUACAAGAGUGGGUGUCCACAGAGUUAAUGAAGCUUUGAGAGUCUCUCUGAAACAGGCAGCUGGCUUUGCUUCAUGCUUAACCUAGCCUGCCUAUUGAGUAUAGCCUAGAGCAUAUUAUUACCCCUGUCAAGACAAGGCCUGUAAUCUUUUUUUGUAUUCCAAAUGUUAUUUACACAGCUUGGAAGGACACAGUCCUAGAUUCUUUGAUGGAAGUGUAGUGUCACUGGAAUCUGAAGAGAAACUGGUUUGGUAAAACCAUAUUAGCUUAGCUAAAGCUCUGAUACUUAAUAAUUCUUUCUUUAGAGUCUGGAAAGCACAAAUGCAGCACUGUGGCUCUGCAUUUAAGUGCUGUGACAGUGAAUUAGUGAGCAGGAGGGAACAUUCCGAAUGAGUCCCAAAAUAGAAGGCAGUUAAGUACGUAAGUCCGAGAAUUUAGCGUUAUGUGGAAUCCUGAGUUCAGCCUGUGGCUUAAAAUAUCUGAAUGCAUUUUCUUCAGCCAUUAUUCUGUUAGCUCAUCCCUGCAGUCAAUUAGCAAGCUAGAAAAGCAAACUGCAUGAAAUGGAUGUCAGUACUACUGGCUAAGGCCUUUGUUUCUUUUCUUCAGGUUGACUUAUUAAAGUCUUUGUCACAAAGACCUGGAAAAGUGAAUAGCUGAGACUGUCAGUGUUCCUGGUACUAAAAACACCCUGUGAACCUUUAAGCACAGUACAGAACUCCCUAGGUAAAUGUUCAGGAUUCAGAUUUCUCAAAGGGAAUUCUGUGUAAGAAAAGGCUCCUGACAGCAUGAGAACUCUCUGAGGCUCUUACUGAUGUACCAGUAGCAGUGAUGAGUUUAUGGCACGUCAUAAACAGAAAACUAAAAUGACUAUGUAAGUUUAUUUAGCUCUUGUGGUGCGUGCAGAUUUCACGUAUACUUAAACUAUUCCUUUAUUACUCUUUUAAUUACACAACUAAUCUUACAACCUCUGUGUGGAUUACUGUGAUGUAAUCAUAACCUCCUAGCAAUUGCUGCGUGCUUUCUACUUAAAUUUUGUCUUCUAUGUUUACAUACUAUUACCCAGGGCUAAGUGUAGGCAGAUGUUAUGAGGUGUGGAGCGCAACAAACUUUAUCUUACUAUCUGUUUUAUUAAUUCUGGACCCUGGGAAGACUUGCAGUCAGUGAGAAAAGAGUGCUCCAGGGGAAGGAGGUUAAUUCCUGUUCAUUAUGGCCUCCUGUGUUUCUUUUCCAUCCUUUUCUUAUGAGGAAAAGUCACCUUAUGCUGGUUAACGUCAGUGGUAGCUUGAGAGGAAAGCCCUACCUGUGCAAAACCAGCUGUUAAGAUCAGACCUCAUUUCUCUAGAGGAAAUCAACUUGGGUUAUUUGAAGUAGUAACAAAAUGCAUUAUGUCUUUAUAUGAAGGCUAUGAGCCCACAAAUGGAUCAACGUUAUCGAUCUCUACACCUAUGCUAAGUCCCAGUGAUUCUAAUUCAUCUUGAUUGUAGGACCCAGCUUAUUAUACUUGAUGCUGUUUUUGCAAAUGAACUGCCCAUAUGGACUCUUGUGCUUUUGUUGAAUCCACUGAGGCAAAUAGGGCCUGGUGCAGCACUGGUAACAUCAAGACCUUCUUUUCCAACAAUGUGGGCAAGACAUCAGUCCAAGCAAGGUACCUCUGGGUAGUUCCUGGUCUCAUUGCUUUAUUUCUGUAAAUGGCAAGCACAUUACUUCAAAUGGUGACUAGGGGAAAAUAUCUUUGUUACAAAGACAAGGCAAGAUGACAUAUAUGUCAUCCUGUUAUGAAGAAAGCUGAUUUCCUGAAGAAAUGUAGGUGGCUGGCUGUGACCUAAAGUUGCUAUGAGUAAACAUUAGAAAAUUCAGGCUCAGGAGAUAAUUGAAGGACUCUCUUGUGCAGCACUAAGGCAUGCAACUUCCUAUGAUUCUAGGAAAAUAAAGUCCCUCCAAAAGGCUUUUCAAAUAUAAAACAAAGAGUUUUUCAACUUCAGCUGAAAUCCCAGUCUGCGUUUGGAGGAAAGGGAAAUGUAUUGCAAAGGAUGAGUCAGACAUGGCUUAUCCAGUGAAGUCUUUGCAAAAGAGAUCUGUGCAUGAAAGGCUGCUGCAGGGAUGUCUCUUGCAUGCUUGAAAUGGGGUUUGACCUGCCUAUAGGCAGUCUGUUGCUUCCAGAAAUAUUAGACUGCAGAUUUGCUAGCAGCUCAAAGCAGGGUAUACAGAAGUCAGAAGUUUGUGUUCAUUCUCCUCUGCAUCAUGCUAUUGACAGACUUGUUUCACCUUGUGUUGUGGAAGUUCAUGUGUGUGACUUCUGAACUUCUGGUCAUCCUCAACUAAUUUUAACUUGCUGUUUUGAAAUCUGCAGCAAUGAGUGACAAAACCAGGAAGUAAGUCCUUUGUAUGAUGUGUCUGGUGAUAACAGCAUCUAUACACCAGUGUUUUCUUAGCUCUAAUAUGUUUGUGGAUGCAUAAACAUGUCGAAUAGUCCUGAAACAGACUUCAUCAGACACUCAGUCUUAGCUGGUAAUGAUUUCUGGUGAUGAUUAACUUUGUGGCUGUUUUUUUUCUCCAUGUCUCUAUCUCUUCUCAGAGGCAGUAGCCUGCAUAUGUAACUCUGUCAGGGAUUGAAGUCCUAAGUAGUUAUUAACUUGUACUUAGUAGGCAAUGUCUCUGAAUUAAAAGGGCAGAUCUAUCUUCAUCUAAUGAACACUUAGAACAACAAGAGUUACCUGGCAGGUUUGUUGCUAGCUCUAAUUGCAUUCCUCUUGCUCUGCUGGGACUGACAUCCCCAGGAGAGAAGAGAGCUUAAAAACUUUCUGAGAAAAUGACGAUUGCAUCAAACAACAUAGAGAAAAAGAUUCAAAAAAGUUCUGAUACCAAAUAUGUUAGUACUUCCCCCUCACUCUUCCAUGUCUUAUUUCCCUCACCUUAGAUUUUUUUUUUAUUUUUAGGCUGUGGCAAACUUGCUGUCAUGUAAUUUAGUGCAACUUUACAUUCCUUUUAUUUAUGUUCUGCUGCUUCUGAACCCUGUGGUUCAGAGAUGGCUUGUUACAGUGUGUUCCCAUUAAUUAAGUGUUAGUUAAGCAUAAGGGGAAGUAAGACUAGUAUCUCUCUUUCUCACUCCUUUUUUUUUUCUUCUUUUUUCCCUUCUUUUUCUUUCUUCUUUCUGCCCCAUCCCUGGAGAGGCGUGGUCAUAACAUGAGCAGGGAAGUUAAUCACACCUAUCACAUUUGGGAUAUACUUUUUAAACUAGCUGUAAUUUCCACAUGUUUCAGGUUCUUCAAAGGUGUUUUCUCUCGUGUGAAUGAAUCUGCUGGCGUUUUCAUGUUUUCUGAAAAAAACCACCACGUAGAAAGGCUUAGGUGAGAUUUCUGUUCUGAAGCCUAUUUGCAAAGUUACUUGUUGAAUGAUUCUUCUGACUGGAAAGUGAAGUGAUCAGGCAUCUGAGAGAUUAAUUAAAUUCUUGUGCUUCUCUUAAUUUGCCUAGAUACAUAUAUGCCAGUGAUUUUUUAAAGUGUAAAGUGUUUUCUUGUAAGGACUUAAUGUCAUGAGUUUUAUGUUCUAGGGUGGACACUGAAGGUCUCAAGGACUGAGCUGAAUCAGUUUGGGUUAAGUUGCUUGAACUGGAUUCACUGAAAUCCCACACUGUCAGUCUGGCCCUGGCUUUGAGUUGUUUAUUAUCAUCACGUAAUGAAAUCUAAACCACUUUCAAGUUGAUUUGUCUAGCAGGUAGUUUGCAGUUAGUGAACUUGUUUGUUCUUUAUGAGAAAAAUGAGGCUAGAAGCCACUGAAAAACGUGUGGAAAACCAUUUUGGAUCCUUGAUCUGUUUUCUGUCAAGGAGCAGUCAGCCAGAGGCAAUUGCUGAGGGCGAGUUAAUGGAGGAGAGGUCUGAAGUAUACUGGUUUGAUAUUUGAAAAGUGAUAAUGUGGAUGUUCUUUAUGUUCAUUUAUGUCUUCGCUUGCUGCAGUACUAACAUGUUAGCUUUAAUGAAGGCAGCUUUUACACAAGUGCCAGAAAUGUCUCCAGCUAAUGCAGCAUGCUCUCAUUCUCAGCUUGUGCUUUGCUUGCUUCUCCUGUCUGCAUACACCCCUCUUCCCCCCAGAAGUAGUGCAGUGGUGGAACACGGCAUAAAAAUGAAGUGUAAUGAUCUCAAAACAAAAUAAUAAGGUUCACCCUCCUGUCCUAUAUGCUUUCUCUUCAUUCUGAGGUCCACCUAGUAAGCCACUGAACUGCAAUGUCCUUAAUGAUUAUUUGAUUGAGAUAAGAGAAUUUAGAUUAAUUGAACUUCUGCUAAAUGUGGUCAUGAUAAUGAUGAAGGGGAUAUAUCAACGAUACAUCUUUAGAAUCUUUAGAACCAUGUCUGAAUUCUGUAAGAGAGAAUUACCUUAAUAGUUGUAUAAACAGCCAAAUGUUUGGGUUUUGUUUAUCAUUAAUCAUGAUAACAGUAACAGUUGUUAAAAGCACCACAUCUAGACAUUAAAAGCAUGGAUUUCCACCAUGGGCCUAAACACAACAGUAAAUCCAGUUGCUAUUUGCACCUGCUAUGCAGGUAAAGACUGAUUUAAUAUCAGAAAAGUGCUAUAAUUUGAAGGAUAUUAAAAUAUAUACUGUAUUAUGAUGUUUGCAGACUUUAGAUGCAGCAGACAGUAUAACUUGUUUUCAUGAUGCUUAGAUUAUCAUACUUAUCAAUCAGAAAUAUGAAUAUUUCAUAAGUAUGGUAUAACAGAAGUCUUUUAAAAGAAAAAGGUGAAACAGAGGCCAGUUGGGGAUUGCUGUUUGCAGGCUGUCCUUAACGCUGUAUUGCUUCCCCUUUUCCCAGCAAAUCCAGUAUUUAAGAAGGAUUGUAAGACCCAUGUAAUCAUUGAGGAUUUACUCUUUUGGUGCCUCAGAGCUGCAUUCAGCAACAACACCAUUGUUUUGUUUUUAAACACACCUGUCAGCUUCACAAGGUACAGAUAGAUAUUAUCAUAUGGUAUUUUGGAUAGUAACAACUGUAAGUUGUUGCUUGAAAUGAACAUUAGAAAUAU